GGCCGCCUCCGUAGACACGAUACCGGAUUCCGGGACCCCUGCUUUAUCUCAAUCGAAUUUGAUGUUUUGUCUGAACCUGUCAUUGAAAUUAAAAACCAAAACACUGUUAAAAAUUUAAUGCCGACUUAUCAAUAGCUAUACACUUUGAGUUAAAACAGCAAUAAUGGAUACAGAUAAAAAGCCUCAAGCAGAAUGGCAUGACUGGGUUGGUGACUUGUUUGAGCCAGUAUUUGGGGCAACAAUAGAAGAUCUUGUGUCUCAUGAAGAAGACCCUAAAAACAAACCCAGAGUGAAACAUAUCUCUGUACAUGAUCCAGAAGCAGUACGAAAGGUGUAUGAAAAAGUACAUAUGAUGACUGUCCUAGAUGAAGAAAUGAGGAAACAACAAAGAGAGGAGAGAACUAAGUCUGCUUUAAAACAGGCAGUAAAAACACAGGAUCAGCCAGAAAUAUUGCCAGCAGUUACAGAAAGUGUGUUACGUCCCGGUCAGGUAACAGUGGAUGUAAAUGACUCGUGUAUAUGGGACACCAAUGAGAUCAGUGUGUUACGCGAGGCUUACAAAUCACUCAAACAACAAAGUAUAGAUGCCAUGGUAUGUUAUAGGGAGACUACGAAACGAAAUAACGAGCUUGAACAAUUAACCUCCCAGCAGAAACAAACAAUGGAGAGUCAAAGACUGAAACUUCGAGAAGCUCAUAAAGCUAAUAAAAGACUAAAUAUUCAUGUGGAAAGCCUUACCGAAGAAGUGAAAUAUUUGACAGCUAAAGUAGGUGCUAUGGAAGAAGUCAUAAGAGAAAUUAAAACUGAUCAAUCUGACAUGGUUAAAGAACUGCAUGAUAACCGUGUUAUGACAGAUAAAGAGAGAAUGGAAAGAGGCCGUAUUCAAAUGAAGCUGGAUAAUUUAAGAAAGGAGGCGCUUGCAGAGAAACUUGCAGCGGAGGAUAAAAUAAGAACUCAGUGCAGGAAAGCUAUUCAUGAUCUAAAAGAACAAGUGAAACUAUUGGAGAAAGAAUUGAAAGAGGAGAAAAGUAAAAGACAAAUAACAGAGAAAGGGUUGAAGCAUUUAAGAACACAUUUCUCAAGUUUAUCUGUGCAGGAGAUAAUGCCUUCAAAUGUGGUAGAUACUGACCAAGUUAAAUAUGUUCAAUAUUAAAGUAUAUCUAUUAUACCGGAAUAAUAACACAUGUUUAAGCCUUAAAAAUUAUAUGUUUUUGUAUUGAGUUGUA